AUGCACCUGCCGGGCUGCGCGCCCGCCAUGGCCGACGGGAGCUUCUCGCUCGCGGGCCACUUGCUCCGCAGCCCAGGCGGGAGCGCCUCUCGGUUGCACAGCAUCGAGGCCAUCUUGGGGUUUACCAAGGAUGACGGGAUUCUUGGCGCUUUCCCGGCGGAGAGAAGCACCCGGGGCGUGAAGGAACGCGAUCGGAGGCUGGGUGUGAGCCCCACUGAUCCCAAGGAAGCGGGGGAAGACACAGAACCCCGGUCUGUGCACACCCUGGAGUACGACGCUUCUCGCCCCUACUGCCCCAAGGAACCUGGGGAGGUACGCCCGAGCUCCGGGCUGCCAAGUGGGCCGGCCGCCAACGACGUGAAGCCGUCUGAGGAGGAACAGCCCAAGAAGAAGCAUCGGCGCAACCGCACGACUUUCACCACGUACCAGCUACAUGAGCUGGAGCGCGCAUUCGAGAAGUCCCACUACCCCGAUGUGUACAGCCGCGAGGAGCUGGCUGGCAAGGUCAACCUUCCUGAGGUCCGGGUCCAGGUGUGGUUCCAGAACCGCCGGGCCAAGUGGCGGCGGCAGGAGAAACUGGAGGUGUCGUCCAUGAAGCUGCAGGACCCGCCCCUCCUCUCCUUCAGCCGCUCGCCGCCCUCUGCCGCCCUGGCGCCCCUCGGGGCGGGCCCGGGUGCCGGUGGCAGUGGCGGGGGUCCGGCGGGGGGUGCCCUGCCACUGGAGUCGUGGCUCGGGCCGUCACUGCCCGGCGGGGGAGCCACGGCCCUGCAGAGCCUGCCGGGCUUCGGGCCACCGGCGCAGAGCCUGCCCGCCAGCUACACGCCGCCGCCACCACCGUUCCUCAACUCCCCGCCGCUGGGCCCCAGCCUGCAGCAGCUCGGGCCGCCGCCACCUGCCUACCCCUGCGGGCCGGGCUUCGGGGACAAGUUCCCGCUCGACGAGGCGGACCCUCGCAACAGCAGCAUCGCGGCGCUGCGCCUAAAAGCCAAGGAGCACAUCCAGGCCAUCGGGAAGCCGUGGCAAGCCCUUUAG